AUGUCCUCUGACUGUCCUUCUGUGUCCUCUGACUGUCCUUCUGUGUCCUCCGACUGUCCUUCUGUGUCCUCUGACUGUCCUUCUGUGUCCUCCGACUGUCCCUCUGUGUCCUCCGACUGUCCCUCUGUGUCCUCUGACUGUCUCUCUGUGUCCUCUGACUGUCUCUCUGUGUCCUCUGACUGUCCUUCUGUGUCCUCUGACUGUCCCUCUAUGUCCUCUGACUGUCCCUCUAUGUCCUCUGACUGUCUCUCUGUGUCCUCUGACUGUCUCUCUGUGUCCUCUGACUGUCCUUCUGUGUCCUCUGACUGUCCCUCUAUGUCCUCUGACUGUCCCUCUAUGUCCUCUGACUGUCCUUCUGUGUCCUCUGACUGUCCUUCUGUGUCCUCCGACUGUCUCUCUGUGUCCUCCGACUGUCUCUCUGUGUCCUCCGACUGGCCCUCUGUGUCCUCUGACUGUCCCUCUGUGUCCUCUGACUGUCCCUCUGUGUCCUCCGACUGUCCCUCUGUGUCCUCCGACUGUCCCUCUGUGUCCUCUGACUGUCCCUCUGUGUCCUCCGACUGUCCCUCUGUGUCCUCCGACUGUCCCUCUGUGUCCUCCGACUGUCCCUCUGUGUCCUCUGACUGUCCUUCUGUGUCCUCCGACUGUCUCUCUGUGUCCUCCGACUGGCCCUCUGUGUCCUCUGACUGUCCCUCUGUGUCCUCCGACUGUCCCUCUGUGUCCUCCGACUGUCCCUCUGUGUCCUCUGACUGUCCCUCUGUGUCCUCCGACUGUCCCUCUGUGUCCUCCGACUGUCCCUCUGUGUCCUCCGACUGUCCCUCUGUGUCCUCCGACUGUCACUCUGUGUCCUCUGACUGUCCCUCUGUGUCCUCUGACUGUCCCUCUGUGUCCUCCGACUGUCCCUCUGUGUCCUCUGACUGUCCCUCUGUGUCCUCUGAUUGUCCCUCUGUGUCCUCUGACUGUCCCUCUGUGUCCUCCGACUGUAAAGUCCUGGGUAACCUGCAGCUGAACCUUUUGUCCAAAUCCAAAGUUUACGAAGACCAAGCUCUGAGCGCCAUCUUCCUCCACAACAACUACAACUACAUCCUGAAGAGUCUGGAGAAGUCUGAAUUGAUCCAGUUGGUGACAGUGACUCAGAAGAGAGCAGAGAACUCCUACAGAGAACUGAUCGAACAGCAGAUCCUCACCUACCAGAGGAGUUGGUUGAAGGUCACAGAACAUUUGACUGACAGGAACAUGCCACAGUUUCAACCUGGAGCCAAACUCAAAGACAAAGAACGACAGGUCAUCAAGGACAAGUUUAAGGGAUUUAACGAGGGCCUGGAGGACGUGUGUCGGACGCAGAAGUUCUGGGCUGUUCCUGAUCCUGAACAACGAGACUUUAUCAGACGACAACAGAAGAAAGACGUGUCCCAGGCCUACAGAGGGUUCCUCCACAGAUGCACAAACGUCACUUUCACAAAAAAUCCAGAGAAAUAUCACAAAUACAAACCAGAAGAGGUAGAGGAGAUGAUCGACAGGCUGUUCGACACCUCGGCCUGA